GCGGGGUCUCGGCCGGCGCUGACGCAGCCGUGGCGGAGGCGGCUUUGGAAGCCGUGCGGAGCGAGUUACGAGAAUUCCCGGCCGCUGCGAGGGAGCUCUGCGUGCCUCUUGCUGUGCCCUACCUGGACAAACCCCCAACUCCGCUCCACUUCUACCCGGACUGGGUCUGCCCCAACAGGCCGUGCAUCAUCCGCAACGCUCUGCAGCACUGGCCGGCCCUCCAGAAGUGGUCCCUCCCCUAUUUCAGAGCCACAGUGGGCUCCACAGAGGUGAGUGUGGCCGUGACCCCAGAUGGUUACGCGGAUGCCGUGAGAGGGGAUCGCUUCAUGAUGCCAGCUGAGCGCCGCCUGCCCCUGAGCUUCGUGCUGGAUGUGCUGGAGGGCCGGGCCCAGCACCCGGGAGUCCUCUAUGUGCAGAAGCAGUGCUCCAACCUGCCCACCGAGCUGCCCCAGCUGCUGCCUGAUCUGGAAUCCCAUGUGCCCUGGGCCUCCGAAGCCCUGGGAAAGAUGCCCGAUGCUGUGAACUUCUGGCUGGGGGAGGCGGCUGCGGUGACUUCUUUGCACAAGGACCACUAUGAGAACCUCUACUGCGUGGUCUCAGGAGAGAAGCAUUUCCUGUUCCAUCUGCCCAGCGACCUGCCCUGCAUCCCCUAUGAGCUGUACACGCCGGCAACCUACCAGCUAACUGAAGAGGGCACCUUUAAGGUGGUGGAUGAAGAGGCCAUGGAGAAGGCAGAGGUGUCCAGGACCUGCCUGCUCACGGUUCGUGUCCUGCAGGCCCAUCGCCUACCCUCUAAGGACCUAGUGACCCCCUCUGACUGCUACGUGACUCUCUGGCUGCCCACGGCCUGCAGCCACAGGCUCCAGACACGCACGGUCAAGAACAGUAGUAGCCCUGUCUGGAACCAGAGCUUUCACUUCAGGAUCCACAGGCAGCUCAAGCCCUGUCACUCUUUUCCCCUCCAGAAUGUCAUGGAACUGAAAGUCUUUGACCAGGACCUGGUGACCGGAGAUGACCCUGUGUUGUCAGUACUGUCUGAUGUGGGGACUCUGCGGGCUGGGGAGUUCCGGCACGAGAGCUUCUCACUGAGCCCUCAGGGUGAGGGGCGCCUGGAAGUUGAAUUUCGCCUGCAGAGUCUGGCUGACCGUGGCGAGUGGCUCGUCAGCAAUGGCGUUCUGGUGGCCCAGGAGCUCUCCUGCUUGCACAUUCAACUGGAGGAGACAGGAGACCAGAAGUCCUCAGAGCACAGAGUUCAGCUUGUGGUUCCUGGGUCCUGUGAGGGUCCACAGGAGGCCUCUGUGGGCACUGGCACCUUCCGCUUCCACUGCCCAGCCUGCUGGGAGCAGGAGCUGAGUAUUCACCUGCAGGAUGCCCCCGAGGAGCAACUAAAGGUGCCCCUGAGUGCCCUGCCCUCUGGUCAAGUGGUGAGGCUCGUCUUCCCCACGUCCCAGGAGCCCCUGAUGAGAGUGGAGCUGAAAAAAGAAGCAGGACUGAGGGAGCUGGCCAUGCGACUGGGCUUCGGGCUCUGUGCAGAGGAGCAGGCCUUCCUGAGCAGGAGGAAGCAGGUGGUGGCUGCGGCCUUGAGGCAGGCCCUGCAGCUGGACAGAGACCUGCAGGAGGAUGAGAUCCCAGUGGUAGCUAUUAUGGCCACUGGUGGUGGGAUCCGGGCAAUGACUUCCCUGUAUGGGCAGCUGGCUGGCCUGAAGGAGCUGGGCCUCUUGGAUUGCGUCUCCUACAUCACCGGGGCCUCGGGCUCCACCUGGGCCUUGGCCAACCUUUAUGAGGACCCAGAGUGGUCUCAGAAGGACCUGGCAGGGCCCACUGAGUUGCUGAAGACCCAGGUGACCAAGAACAAGCUGGGUGUGCUGGCCCCCAGCCAGCUGCAGCGGUACCGGCAGGAGCUGGCCGAGCGUGCCCGCUUGGGCUACCCAAGCUGCUUCACCAACCUGUGGGCCCUCAUCAAUGAGGCGCUGCUGCAUGAUGAGCCCCAUGAUCACAAGCUCUCAGAUCAACGGGAGGCCCUGAGUCAUGGCCAGAACCCUCUGCCCAUCUACUGUGCCCUCAACACCAAAGGGCAGAGCCUGACCACUUUGGAAUUUGGGGAGUGGUGCGAGUUCUCUCCCUACGAGGUCGGCUUCCCCAAGUACGGGGCCUUCAUCCCCUCUGAGCUCUUUGGCUCCGAGUUCUUUAUGGGGCAGCUGAUGAAGAGGCUUCCUGAGUCCCGCAUCUGCUUCUUAGAAGGUAUCUGGAGCAACCUGUAUGCAGCCAACCUCCAGGACAGCUUAUACUGGGCCUCAGAGCCCAGCCAGUUCUGGGACCGCUGGGUCAGGAACCAGGCCAACCUGGACAAGGAGCAGGUCCCCCUUCUGAAGAUAGAAGAACCACCCUCAACAGCCGGCAGGAUAGCUGAGUUUUUCACCGAUCUUCUGACGUGGCGUCCACUGGCCCAGGCCACACAUAAUUUCCUGCGUGGCCUCCAUUUCCACAAAGACUACUUUCAGCAUCCUCACUUCUCUACAUGGAAAGCUACCACUCUGGAUGGGCUCCCCAACCAGCUGACACCCUCGGAGCCCCACCUGUGCCUGCUGGAUGUUGGCUACCUCAUCAAUACCAGCUGCCUGCCCCUCCUGCAGCCCACUCGGGACGUGGACCUCAUCCUGUCAUUGGACUACAACCUCCACGGAGCCUUCCAGCAGUUGCAGCUCCUGGGCCGGUUCUGCCAGGAGCAGGGGAUCCCGUUCCCACCCAUCUUGCCCAGCCCCGAAGAGCAGCUCCAGCCUCAGGAGUGCCACACCUUCUCCGACCCCACCUGCCCCGGAGCCCCCGCGGUGCUGCACUUUCCUCUGGUCAGCGACUCCUUCCGGGAGUACUUGGCCCCUGGGGUCCGGCGGACACCCGAGGAGGCGGCAGCUGGGGAGGUGAACCUGUCUUCAUCGGACUCUCCCUACCACUACACGAAGGUGACCUACAGCCAGGAGGACGUGGACAAGCUGCUGCACCUGACACAUUACAAUGUCUGCAACAACCAGGAGCAGCUGCUGGAGGCUCUGCGCCAGGCAGUGCAGCGGAGGCGGCAGCGCAGGCCCCACUGAUGGCCGGGGCCCCUGCCACCCCUAACUAACUCUCAUUCAUUCCUUGGCUGCUGAGUUGCAGGUGGGAACUGUCAUCACGCAGUGCUUCAGAGCCUCGGGCUCAGGUGGCACUGUCCCAGGGUCCAGGCUGAGGGCUGGGAGCUCCCUUGCGCCUCAGCAGUUUGCAGUGGGGUAAGGAGGCCAAGCCCAUUUGUGUAACCACCCAAAACCCCCCCGCCUGUCCCUGUUUUCCCUUCUGCGCUACCUUGAGUAGUUGGAGCACUUGAUACAUUACAGACUCAUACAAAUGGGAGGCGCUGAGAAGGGCCAUGUCAUUCCAGGCUCUUGGCUGUACAUGGCAAGGGCUGGUACAGAGCUCGCUCAUCAGUGUUCUUCCUCCGAAGAGCACAUUCUCUGCACACAUCUGCGUCUACCUGUGCUCAGAGUCACCCCUUCCAGGCAAGGAGGAGGCCACAUGGGCCUGGGGUAGCCCUGGCCUUGUCCACCUGCUCUGCCGUAACACGUCUCCUCUUCAUCCAGACAGGAAUGCAGGGGGAGGCCAGGCAAUGGCUGUUUCCUGCCACAUGAUGUGUCCUCGCUUGUGCCCCUGAAGUUUGGUGUUGCACUGGGGUUCACCUCAGGGAUCAGACCUGUUGGGAAAACGGAAUGAAUUUAGUAGGGUAUGGCCACCCCAGAAUCUUCUCCAAACAAACAAACACUGGUGCCCCUGCCCUCCCCUGGACCAGCCAGCCUCCUAGAAUAAGCGUGGGAGUGGAUUCCAGAGCUGACAGGCGCUGCGGCAGCGACCACAGUGACGGGUGAGUGGGUGGGAAUUGCCUCGACUUUCAUAACCCAACUCUACAUCUGUCAGCUGGCCUAGCGGCCCCAGCCCUGGGUUAGAGACAGCAGAAAAAAUGGCUGUCCUGGUAGCCUCAGGAGCCACUGUGUCCAGGACAAGGCCUGUCCCGUCAGCAACACAUCAUCUAAAUCAUAUAUUGGGCUCUGCAGGACUGGGAGCAGACGGUUACACUGGAGACCACAGCCGUGGCUGCCACCCCUCAUGGUAUGAGCCCUCCAGGCACACGGCUGUAUAUGCGUGUGCACGUCUAGGCACAUCGUGGCAUGGGGCCCAUGCACGGAGGAUUUGCCUGUCUCCAGUCCCUCCUCCACUUUCACCUAACCUCAGGUGUCCCCUCCCCCUGGAGAGCCUGAAGCCCCUCUGGUUUGGAAGGGAAGGACAUGUGGGUGAGGGGGGUUGAGCAUCGAAAUGAUGCUGGGAUCUACAAGGAGGCACUGAGGAGCCAGGUAAGAGCCUCCUGCCCCCGCACAUCCACCUUCACAUCUCCUCCCUGGCCUGCAGGCCGGGACGUGCUGGCCCUCUCCAUUGCCAUGGAGUGGGGAUUGGGGAAAGCAGGGGAGGACCAGGUAGAGAACGGGUUGGAACAAGGGUGGGGCAGGGUCUGGCCGUCCUGCCAAUGUGCUGUGCCUUGGAGAGGGGAGAGGAGGGAGGAAAGUGAGGAGUGCAUGGGAAACAAACCCAGGCAGGCUCUCAGCACUGGGCAGAGGGAAACCUGGCUGCUCCUCCCACAAGCAGCUGAGCAGGAAGGGCACAGGGAGCCUGGGCAGCUUCGUCUACAGGGCCCCCACACCAGAGCAUGGAGUGAGCCCUGGGAGGGGACCACUGUCGAGUCUGUGGAAAUCUGGGCUUUGUAGCCUGGAUUCCUCUCAGCUGAGAGUGGGCAGGGGCAGCUGAGGGUUCCAAUAGCAUUUCCCUACAGCCCAACAGAGUAAGUCUGAGGCCCAGAACCUCAGGCUUCAGAGGACAGCGCCUGCCAGCCACUGAAGCCCAGGGCUCCCCACCCUGCUUCCCCCACCCAGGUGUCCCACCUGAGUAGACAUCCAGGCCGGGCAUCCUUGGUCGUGCACUCAUUCAGAGAGCUGACAGGUUUGGCUUUGAGUUCCGGGCUCAGACUCUGGGCUGCAGAGCAAGGAAAUAACCACUGUUAGCCCGGCCCAGACCAUCUGCAGGCGCCAGGUCUGGCUGCUCCUUCCUCCAGCUUCUGGAGGCUCAGCACAGCCUUAGGCAGCCUGGCCAUGCCAGGCCCUUCCCACGUGGGGGUGUGGGGCGGGCUGAGCACUUGUGGGCAGGUUUUUCCCCCAUGCGUCCUGCCUCUUAGGAAACUCCUCACAGGUGAGUUAAGAAAGGCUGAGCCUUUCUUAGGAGGUGGGGGAUUCUGGAAUGUCGAACAACUCAAGAUCCCUUUGGGCUUCUGGGAAGACAGACUCCUGGGAGGAGAGUCCAGGGGAACCAGCGACAGAGCUAGGAUCCCAGACAUUCCCUGAACACACUGUCCACACGGAGCCUCAGCAGAACACGCUGACCAUGGAAGAAAUUCCAAAGGGUUGUCUCUAUAUAUUCCUCCAAGUAGAACCUGGCUUGCUUACUGUCUGCAAAACAACUCGAGGGUGGUGACAUUCAAAGUUGUCUGAGGACUAGAAGUUUAGAGAAGCACCCAGAUCAGACAGAACAGAGCCUGGAAAGCCCUUGGAGGAACACAGUCCAUGGGGAUUGUGGCAGGAAGGGCUUGGGGCAGUCUGAGUGGCAGACUCCAAAAGGGGCAGAACAGGACCAGGACACAGCUGGGGGUUCAAAACUGGCCCCAUCUCUGCUAAUUAGCUGUGUGAUCUUGGGCAAGUUGCAUAACCUCUCCAGGACCUAAAUUCUUUGAGAAAAAACAGUAAGUCCCACUUCUUGGAGGUUAGAGAUGCUAACUGUGAAACCUCCCUAGGAUGCAUAAAACACUAGGGGCCCAGGAGCUUGGGGCCCAGGGAGUCGGCUGCCCUCCCUGCAUCCUUCCCCUGAAGCCCACCUGCAGUGCUGCCCAGGGCUCACCACCAGCUCUCAGCCUGCUCUUCGGACGGUGCUGCAGACAGGAUCUCUGCCCCACUGGUCAGCCUGGCACCCACACAGUCACAGGUCAAACUCCACUGUCCCUUUGGGGACCCCCACGCCUCCAGCCCCCGCUGAGCCAGGUGGCUGCUGGGGGCAAUGCCGGAGUCCAUGUCUCUCCGCUCACCUUAAGGAGAAUGUGUGUUUCCUGCAAUGGCGGCCCUGCAGCCUCUCACACCGGGCUCCCGUGAGGUCAAGGAGGGCUAUGGAAGCUACUUUCUGAGGAGAGAUGAGAGGCAGGGGUCACUGCGGCCAUCUCAGCUUUUCCCUGUGGGGUCCCUCUGUCCUGGGGCCCCUCUGCCUUGUUUCCCAGCACCCUGAUGUCUGCAUCUCCCCUACCCCGCCUGGUACCUCCGCUGCCAUCCUCUCAUCCAGGAACAGGCUCAGAGAGCUGCCCUGCAAGGUCCCGCGACAGCUGUCCCAGGAGCUCGAGCUAGGCUGUGGAGAGGAGGCGGGAAGGUCGCAUGAGCCACACGCAGGAAGCCAGAGCUAGGGCCUGUCCACGCCUCACCGUGUGUGUGGAGCUUCCCAGGAAAAGCGGUGGAUUGGACCAAAGUCCCAAUGGGGAAAGGGAAGCCACAGAGGGGCUCUGACGGGAAACCAAGCAGAAGGGGAAGAGCAGGUGGGGAGGAGGAAUCCCAGCACCUCCUGGGGGGGUGGGUAGGUGGGGGCGGUGGCAGAAGCUGGGAAGGGUCCCAAGGAGCCAAACUGCCUGGACAGCAUGGUGGGGGGUGGCAUCUGCCCAAGUUCACAGUGCAAGGGUGCCAGGCCCAGGUGGCUCUUCGAGCCACUCAAGUGCUGCUGCAAGUGGGGAGCUGCCUGGAGAAGGAAUCUCCAGGCACUCACCUGCCUCCCGCCAGGCAGCAGGUGCUGCUUGAACUCCAAAGACCCCUCCAUGGUGGGGGUACCCUUUGCAUCCUGAAAAUGCAAGAUGGGGCCCAGAAAUGUCAGGACCAGCACCCUCAGGAAGGUGGGCAAGGCACCCACUGCCCCCGGCUCUCUCUAUUCCUCCCAUCCAAGUACUAACCAGGCCUGACCCUGCUUAGCUUCUAAGAUCAGAUGAGAUCGGGCAUGUUCAGGGUGGUAUGGCUGUAGACAGCCAUCUUUAUUCCUAAUGACCUUCAGCUCCUGUGCCCGGGCUCCCAGCACUGGCUCCAGGGAGACCACGGCGGGGGUGCCUGCAGCCCCAUGGGGACACCUGCCUGGGGGUCCCUCGUCUCAGCCAGCUGUGCUCCUAGCCCCUGGUGUCCAGAGGGCCUCCACUGAAAGGAUGUCAGCGAGCUGCCAGCUCUCCCGGGCUUCAGCUCCUGUGGCUGCAGCAGGAGCUCCUGUUCCAUCUUGGGGAGUGGGCAAGGUGAGCCAGGUCAGGGAGACCAGCCACACCUCGGGUUCCCGUCUACCUCCCCUCCCCCAGCCCUCCCGGUCAGAGGGGGCCUGCCUCCCCAUCACUAGCUCUUUCAGCUUUGGCUCUGGAGGCUCGCACCCAGUCCACAAUGGUGCCUCUCCCACCACCGCAGCUGGCCAGGGAAAGGAGCAGGUAAGGCAGGGCCGGGUGAGGGCUCAGUGCCCUGGGAGACACUGAUUUGCAGGCUGAGAGGGACUGUUCCCCCACCAGCCCUCAGCCCCUAGCCGAGGCAGUCAUCACCUCUGUCUUCUGCAUUUGGGCAAACUUCUCUUCCUGGGCUGCCAGCAGCUUUUCUAAGUCCUGGUGUCUGUGCAGCAGCAACUCCACAUCUGACACUGAGUGCUGGGGAGAAGCAUGUUCAGGGUCCGCACAGAUGACAGGCUGUGGCCUCCGUCCUCUCCCUUCAUCAGGGCCGUCUUCUCCUGCAUCCUUCCCUGGAGCUCAGCCGCUGCCUGCUGAAAGCUGUGGACCUCAUGGGCUGCAGCCAAGUUCUGGGAGAGGAGAAAGGACCUGGUCAGGGCUGUUCUCUGCUCCCAGGAUUCCUUUCUCCCUGGAGACAUGGCCUUCUGGGCCACCUCCUUUUGAACAAGGAGGACCAUGGGGCUUGAUGUGUCCCCAGGUACAGAAACCAUCCUCCAUGCUGCAGCCCUCAGUGAACGUGAUGAUAUGAGUCUGCGGCAGGCCAGGGGGUGGGGAGGGCGGGGAGAGGAGAGGGCCUCGUGCAUCUCAGGGAAAGGCAGACGCGAGGUGUUGGGUCCACGUGAGGGAGCAGGCCGGUUCUCGGGGAUCUGGCUGGCCCUGGCAGUACCACCUGCAGUGCCUCUCAUGGGGCUGGGGGACCAGGUCAGCUCAGGAGGCAGCCCCAGCCCAGGACCUACAGAGAUGGAAUGUCCUGGGCUGCAGCCAAUUCCUGGAAGAAAGCUGAGCAGGUGAGGGAGAAGGCGCAUUCACUUGAGGCCAGCAGGGUGUGUGUCUUGUUGGAACCAAAGCCUGUGGUAAGGAGGGCUUAGAGGGAUUUUUUGAAGACUCUGACACCCCUUAGCUUGGCCCGGCCUGUGAUCACCUACCUCUGUGGGGGCUUUUAUUGCUUGGUCCAACCUCUCCCAAGCGGCCUCAAUGCGGCUCCUCUGGGCUUGGAUGUGGGGAUAGCGCCUGGGUGCACCCCGCUCCAGGGUGCCUGCCAACUUCCUCAGGGCAUACACCUUGGCCUGGCCCAGGCUCUGCACUUCCUUUCUGAAAGCAUCAAACUUCUCUUCCAGCACCUGCAAAGGUAUGAGGCCCAGCAGGGUCACUCAAGAUGGUAUCAUGAGCUCUCAAAGCUCAUGAAGAGCUCAGCAGACUGAUGGCUCUGAAAUCCCUCAGCCCAGGUUCUGGAACCAUCGGGAUCCUCCCUAGGACACCCUCUCCAGGCUCCUUUCUGCUGACUCCCCAGCAACCCUUUCAUCCCAAGGCAGGCCUUCCUCAGCCUCUGCCCACUCCCCGUGAGGUUUGCUCAGGAGUAACUCACCUUGACACCCUCCAGGUCCUGCCCGUAGUCCUGGGACUCGGCGGUGGCCGCCUUGGUGGUCAGUCAGGCGUCGAGGAGCAGGGUCUCUCGCUCCAGCUGGUGUAGCUGCAGCUGCUCCUGCAGGCCAUGCCCCCUGGCCUCCGCCCUCCGCAGCAGCUCUGCAUGGGCCUCCCGAACUGCCUGCAGCUGGGCUAGCACCUUGGGGCUGUGGGAAGAGAGCGACAGUCUGGACUGCAGCCCUUCCUUUCCAGGCUGGAGCAGUCUCCUGCCAUCUCUGUAGGGGGCUUCUCUCUGCUCCUUCCCGGAUGGUGUGUCUUCCGCCCACCUUUCUGGGUUCUUCCUGCUCUCCAGGAGUGCUGCUGUCUGCUGCAGCCGCUCGAUGCGUGGGCUGAACGCUUCCAGGUCUCUCUUGGUGGCCUCCAGCUGCCGCAGAAGGGCCUGUGUGGCUUCAGCACUGUGGCCCAUGUCCUCGCUGUCCAGGACAUGGCCCCGCUCAGCCAGCGAGGAUCCCGCCUCCAGGAGCUGGGGGUGACAGAGUGGAGAUCCGUUUUCCCGGGGCACCCUCCAGGGCUCAGGAUUUACAGCCACGAUUCUCAGCCUGGCUGCACAGGGGAAUCACCUGGGAGCUGUCGUGCUCCCUCGGCCUGGCCCCACUCCUAAGCAGCCUCAUCUGGUCCGGAACACAGCCAGGGCAGCAGUGUUUUGUAAAGGGUCCAGGCCUGCCUGCUGUGCCCUGCCCAUCACUCCCCUCACCUCAGUCAGAAACUGCUGGGCCUCCUGAGCCUGCUGCAGCAGAAGCCGCCUCCGCGCCGCCUCUGCCCGCAGGUGGGCCAUGGCCUUCUCCAGCUGCUGCACCCGGGCGGCCACCUCGUGGGCGGCAAAGUGCCCAGCCUGCACCAGCUUGUGCCCAGUGCCCAGCACCACCUGGGUCAGAGCCUCGUGGCUGCUCAUCUCACUCUCCAGGUUCUGUGGGGGAGGAGGCAGGAGGAUGCGGAUGUCGCUGACCCUUGGGGGACUCCCACAGUUGUGCUUGAAGUUUCACAGGACCCCACUAACUUGUCCCCAAGGAGUUCCCUGUCCCCAUGACUCCCAAAGAAUCCAGGGCAUCCCCAAAGCCCCCACAGGCAGAGAGUUCCUGGCUGGGCCACAGAGAGUGCCGUUUGCUUGGCUGAGAAGCCCUGCUCAUGUGCGAGGCCGGCCCUCCCCGGGUGGGCCCACACCUGGUGCUGCUCCUGCAGGUGCCGCACCGCACUCAGGCUCUGGCCAUAGUCCUGGGCAGCGGCCAGAGGCAGCUUCUCCUGCACCCACGCCAUUUCCUCGUCGGCGUCCCUGAAGAACUUCAAGAGGAGGCUCCGGGCCUCCAGGGCCAUCCUGCGCUCCCGCAGGGGCUCCCUCAGGCUCUUGAACCUGCAGCGGUGGAGGGUGGGACCAAGGGAGGCAGGGACCAGGGUGUCAGUAUUAGGGAUACCUGGUGACACAGAUCACCCAGCUGUGGCCCUCACCAUGGGCAAGGGGAGAAAGUGAGAAGACAUCAGUUAAGAGGGCAGGGGUGGGGGUCCCUCCAGGAAGGCAGGGAAGAGAAGCUGAGGGCACGGGUGGAUCUACCUCUGAAGCAGCCGCCGGGCCUGUUCUUCCACAUCUUGGGCAAGGCAGUGGCCUUCCCUCACAAAGGCCUGGGCCUGGCCCAGCAGUGCCUCAGCCUGCCUGGCCUUCUUGUCCACUGCUGCCUCCAGCUCCCUCUGUGUGCCCAGGAGCUCGCCCACCCCAGGCAGGGCCUGGCCCACAGUGGGGGCUCUCAGCUCAACCUCGAUGGGCUCCAGCCAGUUCUCCAGUUCCUCCAUGCUCCGCCGCAGACGCAGGGCCUAGGGUAGGAAGUGAGGUAGGCAGGAGGGGAGUGGCCUGGAGCCCGGCCAGCCACCCCUCGGCCUGCACAACCUCACCUCACAGGCCUUCUGGAGCUUGGCCACCUUCUUCUGGGAGUUGUCUUGCAGCUCACCCCAGAGUGCUCCCAGCUCCUCCAGUCGCUCCUGGAUGGCCUCCGAGGCUGGGUGGCCCCCCUGCAGCAGCCUCUGUCCCUCCUGCAGCCACAACAUGAAACACACCUUGUGGACUCAGGACUGCCGGUACCAGGGCACUUGUGUUGACUCUGACCACCAGCACUAGAGCUGCAGAGUCCCUGCGGUCCAGCUGCAUGAUCUUGAGCAACUUUCUUUACCUAAGCCUCAUUUUCCUCGUCUGUAUCAUAGAGAAAAUAAUGGUUAUUUUGUUUAAAUGAGAUAAGUCAUAUAAAAUACUUAGCAGGGUGAUUUAUAUCAGAGGGAGCCAGCCUGGGGUCAGGACCUGCCUUUGCAGGUGGAAAAGAGAAUGUUUUAAAAAGUGCUAUGCUGGGCACAGUGGCUCAUUCCUGUAAUCCCAGUACUUUGGGAGGCUGAGGCAGGUGGAUCGCCUGAGCUCAGGAGUUUGACACCAGCCUGGACAACAUGGCAAAACCCCAUCUCUACCAAAAAUACAAAAAAGUAGCUGGAUGUAGUGGUGUGGGCCUGUGAUCCCAGCUACUUGGGAGGCUGAGCUGGGAAGAUCACUUGAGCCUGGGAGGCGGAGGUUGCAGUGAGCUGAGAUCUUGCCACUGCACUCCAGCCUGGGUGACAGAGCAAGACCCUGUCUCAAAGUGGCUAUGUUUUGACUCCUUCGCUCACAGGACUGGUGGCUAUGUCCUGUUCACAUCAAAAUGUUAUCUUUAAAAUUACUGAAAAGGUGCCAUUUUUGGAGAGGGUGCCCGCCCCCCCCCCGCCCCCCCCCCCCCGCCCCGCCGGAAAGCAACUUCUUCUCACUACACUUCUGCCUAAACAACCGCUUAGCCAGGUGCUUGCACACAGAAAGUACUGGAUAACGCUGGCCACCGUUACUGUGGUUCAGCACCAGCUCUGGGGCACUGUCCUGUGUUCUGCCUGGAGAGCUGUCCCACCACCCUCCUGCCUGCAGGGCCUCACCCGCUGCAGCUCCUGCUGUUGGUGCAUGCUCACGUCCAGCUCCGCCUGGAAAUUCUGCUGCUUCUGUAACUGUGCUGGCAGCAUGGCUGUGUCCAGCCAACCCUCCUCCAAGGCCACCAGGUUCUUCUCCCUCAGCCACGCAGCCACCUGGGCACGUGGGGAGGACAGGCCUGCUGUCCAGGGCUUUCCCCUUCCCCUGACCUCCGGGAUACCCCAGAGGAAGGGUGGCCUUUCCCCGGGUCGACUCCUUCCCCACCAUGACCGCCUCCCUCUCCAAGCGAGGCGAACCUCCUGGGAGUCCUGCAGGAAGGCCUGCAGCUGCCGGAGCUCCUCCAGGCGAUGGCGGCGGGUCCCGGCUUGCCUGAAGAGCGCCUCCUUCCUGCCAGGAGGAGAGGCUCAUGGGCCUGGAGCCAUCCCCGGGGCCAGGUGGGGUGCCCGUCCAGCCUAGGCUUUCUCGGGUAUGAAUAUACUCCGAGUCUGGAGUUUCCUUUGGAAUAAAGGUACAUUGCACUCCC